AUGGACACCAUCUUUCGUUCUUCAGAAUCGUUACCAUCUUUGCAUUCUUUCCAAUCGCUUCAAAAGCGGUUAAAUGACUCUGGGCGAAGUUCGGUGCACCUACUUGCUUACCUGAGUCAAGACUCAGCUAGAAGUAUAAAAAGUGUCAGUUCUCAUGAAACAAACCAAGUUGACUCACAUGCAACGACGCUUCCAAGUGAAAGGCCCGACGAUUCCGAAGCCUGGUGGAGUGACUUGAUUGACUUGAAGCCAUUUAACUUGCGUCCAUUAUCUGAUUUUGGCGUAAACCUCACUAGUAGCCUUCCUGAGGAUAAGCUCAAGUCUUCACGGUUUGGGACCGCUCCUGCUCGUCCACGUCGUAGGCCUCCUCCUCUCCAGCUCGACCCGCAUAUAGUUAGCUCGAGAAAAGAGAACAUAUCUCCUUCCGCUAUGCGAUAUUCCACGAGGCCCAAAAUCUCAACCGGCAUAUCUGAACUUGAUUCAUCGUCUCCUUGGUUCAUCCUUAAUCAGUUCCCAGCACCUCCGGUAGUACCUUCAUUAAUAAGAGGAUCUAAAACGAACACCGAUAUCCACAAGCUUUCGGGUGGGAUUGAUCGUCUUAGCCCUUGUUUUACCCCUACGACAAAGGGUUCCCCUAUACAACAAGUGGAAUAUCAACCAUCACUCUCUUCCAUAAAAAAGAAACGGCGAUCUUCUUUUGGGUCCCUCGGUAGGGCGUUAAAAACUACUCAGGUGUCAAUGCCCCACACCGCACCACCGAUCCCUCCUAUAUGGCUGCAGUCUGAUCCUAUGUGUACGAUGGAGAGCAGGUCAAAGUCAUCUGCUGGCUUGCAGCCACGUGAUACAUUAAAGUCUAGAUUAUUCUCUAUUGGAACCUCUCCGAAGGCGAUUUCGCAAGGGUUUGACUUUGAUGGAGGAGAACCUCUGUCUAGUUCAGUUUCACGCCGCGGAAACAGGACGGUCAGCGAGUCAGCUCAAAAGAGUGUAAACUUACGUGAGUGCGCACGGCCGGUCGAACCUCGUUCACGGAGUGUGAGCCAGCCAAUUCAGUCCAGAAAUAAGAAGGAUAAGAUGGGGAUCAAAACGGGAUCAAGAGAUGAUAUCCCUCCAUUGCCUAAAGAUUUUCGUACACACCUUGUUAUUCCUGAGCGACGGAUACGUUCUCCAUCUUAUUUCAGCAUUCCGAUUCCUCCAAGGAAACAGGCAGACCCGAGCCCUACACAGACCGUGUUCUCACCUGAGGACAGGGUGUCGCCGACCAUGAUAAUUCCAGGAAGCGAAAAUCUUGACCGCCCCGAAGAAACUAUGUACCUACCUGCCUCUGGAAGUGUGGCCUCGUUGACCGCUGAUCUGGACCCAUUUGGCGCCGGGGAGCCGGUAUCGUUCUUUAGAAUGGAAUAUGGAGCCUCAACGGAUAAGAUUCAAGCUACAACCACUUUCCAUAGGAUUGUCAGCCUGGACAUGGCAACAUCGAAUAAGCUGUCGUCAGCACAAGAAUCCAGGACAGUCCAUCAAGUUCCAAAUAUUGUCAUAUCGUCUUCUGGGUGCCUGGAAGAGCUCAGAGAGUAA